AUGUCCCCAGUCUUGCUGUGGACGGGGAAGGUUGGCGAUGCGUCAACGUUCCGUGUCUGGGGAUCUCGGGCGUUUGUCCGCGACUUGUCUGCGGACAAGCUGUCCCCUCGUGCUGCUCCCUGUGUCUUCCUUGGCUUCCCCACUGACGCUCCAGGGUGGCAGUUUUACCACCCCUCCUCUCGUCGUGUUCUGUCCUCCCAGGACGUCACGUUCGACGAGUCAGUCCCCUUCUACCGCCUCUUCCCCUACCGCACUCCUUCCCUCCCCCCUUUGCCGGACUUCCUUGUGCCGGUUUCCCCCCCGGUAGACCCCCUCCCCCCUCAUGUUCCUGCCCCCUCAGGUGUGUCCCAGGUAGACGCGGUUGACCCGGUCGAGGUUACUGGUGACUCUGGUGCUGCUGCGGGUGCUGAGCCUGGGGGUGCUGACUCUGGGGGUGCUGUGCGCGGGGGUGCCGGGCCUGGAGGUGCUGCUACUGGGGGUGCUGAGCCUGGGGGUGCUGGGCCUGGGGAUACUACUGCGGAGGGUGCUGCGCCGGGGGGUGCUGUGCCUGGAGCUGCUGAGCCUGGGGGUGCUGAGAGCUGCGCGAGUGGUUUGCUCGCCGCUGGAGGCGUGCCUGGAGCUUCUUCGACCGUCGAGGGUGCUGGUGCUGCCGGUCCCGGAGCUGCUGGGCCUGCGGGUCAUCCUGGAGCUGGAGCUGCUGAGGGUGUUGGUGCUGAGACCACUGCUGUCUGUCCUCUCGGUGGUUCUGCUGCUGGUACUGCUGGAGGUCCUGCCGCUGGAGGUGUUGGUGGCGCUGGUACUGUCGCUGAGGGUGCUGGUGCUGUCCCUACUGAGUCUGGAGCUGCCGCGCGGCCUCGGCCGUACUUCGUUCCGCUCCUGCAGCAGGUUCUUGGUCUUUCUCCUCCGGUAGAGGGUCCACAGCCUGUUCAGUCGCAGUCACUCUUGGAGCCUUCCUCUCCUCUGCCUGCUCCCUCUCCUUACACUGGUCCUACUGGAGGUCUUACUGAGCGUCGUGAGCCUGCGUCUCGUCCCGCGUCGCCUGUUCGUGCUGCUCGCGCUAGUGGUCGCGGUUCGCGUCAGCGUCCUCCUCCUGUCCCUGGCACGCACCGGAUAUCUCUGCGUCCGUCCACUGCUCCUCUGCGUGCCCCUUUACCUUCUCCGCCUGAGUCCUCUCUUCCUGCGCUUGCCGACCCUGGGUCGGACUGUCUUCGUGCUGCCAGUCCUACUGUCCCGCGUCUGCUUGCUACUGUCGUCACUGACCCCUCGUUUGAGUCCACUGCUGCGUCUGCUCUUGUCGCUGAGCUCGUCGACUUUGCUGCUCGCUGUUGUCUAGACUACGCUGCUAGUCUUGUUGCUGAGUCUGCGUCUGUCUGUCCUCCGUCCGUCGGGGGUGAGUGUGCUCUUGGCACGGACGUCCUAGAGGACAGGCAGGAGGAGUUACAGUGUCUGGCUGCUGCUUCACCUCAUCUCGCGUCUGUACUGCUUGCUCCUGAGGGAGACCCGGAUGCACUAGACAUCCCGACUCCGCGCUCUUACGCGGAGGCCGUAGAGGGUCCCUACUCCUCUCAGUGUGGCAUGUGGAUCUUCCGGGUGAAGCGGCCGCCGGGCUCUCCACCUGUCUUCAAGGCGCGGUACGUUGCUCGUGGCUUCAGCCAGCGGCAGGGAGUUGACUACUUUCAGACCUUCUCUCCCACCCCGAAGAUGACCACUCUUCGGGUGCUGCUGCACAUAGCCGCUCAGCGCGACUACGAGCUUCACUCUCUCGACUUCAGCACUGCGUUCCUGCAGGUCUACGGUCUCCGCCAGGCACCACGUGAGUGGCACGACACACUGAGGACUACGCUUGCGGCUCUUGGGUUUGCUCCUUCUACUGCUGACCCGUCGCUGUUUCUGCGCACCGACACUUCUCUGCCGCCGUUCUACAUCCUCGUGUACGUCGACGACUUGGUCUUUGCCACAGCGGACACUGCUGGACUCGCCUACGUGAAGUCCGAGCUGCUGACGAGACACACGUGCACAGACCUGGGUGAACUGCGCAGCUACCUUGGCUUGCAGAUCACUCGGGACAGAGCACGCCGCACCAUUACCUUGACUCAGUCACACAUGGUGCAGCAGGUCCUUCAGCGCUUCGGCUUCACGUACUCCUCGCCUCAGGCCACUCCUCUGUCUACUCGUCACUCUCUCUCAGCUCUGCCUUCGGAUGAGUCCGUAGAGUCGAGUGGCCUGUACCCAGAGCUUGUUGGCUGCCUCAUGUACCUGAUGACCUGCACACGACCUGACCUUGCAUACCCUCUGAGCAUUCUUGCACGCUAUGUUGCUCCUGGGAGACACCGACCAGAGCACAUGGCUGCAGCGAAGAGGGUGUUGCGCUACCUGUGCAGUACGUCGGGCAUGGGGCUAGUGCUUGGAGGGCGGAGUCCAGUGGUCCUUACCGGCCACGCGGACGCUUCUUGGGCUGACGACCAAGCUACGCAGCGGUCGUCACAGGGUUACACCUUCAGUCUUGGUUCCGGCUCUGUCUCGUGGCGGGCUACUCGCUCGUCUUCGGUUCUCAGCUCCAGUUGUGAGGCUGAGAUCUACGCUGGGGCCAUGGCUGCACAGGAGCUUCGCUGGCUCACCUACCUGCUGACUGACCUUGGAGAGCCGCCUCGUUCUCCUCCAGUGCUGUACGUAGACAACAAGGCCAUGCUGGCCUUGUAUCGAGAGCAGCGCUUGGAGCACAGAACGAAGCACAUUGCUCUCCGCUACUUCCUUGCUCGUGAGCUGCAGCCGCGUGGUCAGUUGUGA